AUGACAGGUACACUAGUGCUUCAGAAGCAGGCGCUGUGGAUUCUUUGUGGGGUUUUGCUCACUGCAGCUGGAGAGGACACUCACUGUCCACAAGGUGGUCAGAUCCACCUGACCAGCCGGCGAUGCUAUUGGCUCUCAGAGAGGCCGUCUUCAUGGCCGGAGGCCCAGCUUUCCUGCAGAGAGACUCGGGGAGGAGGUCUGGCCUCUGCGGACAGCCUGGAGCUGCAGAACUUCAUCCAUCACUCCUUUCCAGUGAAAACCACUGUGUGGGUCUGGCUGAAGGGAUCGGGGGGAGAGGGGUCUGACCAGGGUGUGGAGCCAGUGAGUCCUUUAGAGAGUCCGGGGGGGUGUCCUCAGACGGCCUUGGGGACACAGGGGCGGUGGAGAAAGGCUCAAUGUGCUGGACGAUACCUCUUCCUCUGUGAAAAGGAAGAAACUGAGUCCUUCUCGUCCGUGGACAGAUACCUGACUGGGUUGGAUCUCAUGAGCGGCGUCUACGCUCAGACCCAGAUACAGCCCCUUCUCAACGUCCCAGACAUCGGACAGCUCACAGUGGAGAUGCAGCUGUUCCCAGGGAUGUGGUUCAGUCAUGCGGGUCAGUUGGUAUCAGUGGAGCUGGUGGUCCGGCCCAGCUCAGUGUCCUCUCUGGCCCGUGUCCAGAUCCUCCGACCCUACUGCAACCCCAACCACCACCUGGUACCUCCAGGUUGCAGCUCUCUCCUUAAUCCAUUCAGCUGUUGCUCAGCAGUACCGCUGUGUAACACCACAGGGGGCUGCAGCAUGGGCCAGUACUGGUGCCACCUGCUGGAGGCCUGUGUGCCCACCACCAGUCCCUGCAGCCCCUACGACUCUGCAGCAGGGGCCCGUGGCUUUGCUUUACCUCCCAGAUACGCUGCAAUACCCCCCUUCUACCACCUGGUGGCCGACCUGUCUUUAAGAAUAAACCCGAGCUCUGACCUGAAAACUUUAAGUCUGCUUCUUCUAGAUCGAGCGAUCAUGGUGUACCCUGAUGACAUUGUGGCUAUACAACACACUCGCGACUCUGGAACAUUCCUACAUUGCCUGAACAGUGAAACCUCUCUAAACUCCCCCUGGUGCCAGAGUUACAUGUCCCUUAGGAGAACAGAGUGGGGAGGCUGGUGGGAGGGAGGCCUCACUUCCCUGCCCCAAGGAGGCCAGUGGGUGGACGGGGUGGUGUGUGAUCUGAGGAUGCUGUACAUGGACAAUCUUCACAAAGGUACCGAGCAUGAUGAUAACUUCGGCUUCACCCACAGAGAGACAACCACAGCCCCAGAUAUUUGGGCCCUGACGACCGGUCCUACUCCGAGUCUGAGAUCUACAUUUGAGCUUAACGUCAUACACCCUGUGCCAGAUGAAAAGAACCAGAUUCAUAUCCAAAUCAACGUCCCAACACUUAUCGUUGUAAAGGUCCUGUCUGGAGAGAAAGCCAGGAGCUCAUGGUCAGCCCCAGUUCUCCAGAAUGGGGUCCCCUUCCGUUCAUCUUGCCCCGAAGAGGUGGCUCAGUCUUGGGCUGGCUGUAAGAGACAGUCCUACGAUACCUGGUUCUCCUCUGUGACCUUGGUGUCGCCCUCAGUCGGGGUUCAAACACUGAACAUCAGUGUGAUGGAUGCAGUAAGCUCUCAGAGUGUGAGUGUGAGUGUGUGUGGCUAUGAGGCAGUCACAAGGCUCAGUGUUGAGCCACAUGGAUGCCGGAGGAUGCUCAUAGACACUCCACAGUCAUUUACAGCCAAAGUGGAGAGUGGUUCCUCAGUGAUAUUCACAUGGGUGAUUGACAACCUGGAGCAGUUUGCCCAUGAAGGAGAAUCUUACAGUGUAGUGUUCAAGAAACCUGCUGAGUAUAAGCUCAGGAGCCAGCUAAUCCUCCUGACUGCUGAUGAAAUGACCCCACUGGCUGAGCCAGAGUUUGUGUCAGUCCGGGAGGUCGUAUCUGUGGAUGCUACACACCUCUACACUCUCAGGGUCAAAGUGGACAUCUCCCUACCAGUCAACUUCAGAUGGGAUUUCGGGGAUGGCAGUAGCGAGGUGGUCCACACACAGUCUUCUCUAUGUCAGAACAUGGAAGGGCUCUUGGAGAGAGGAGAGAAACAACUUUAUGUCCAGGACUCGGUGAACUAUACUUAUCCAAACCCAGAUGACUACACACUCCAUGUCCAAGUCUCCAACCAAUAUGACAGCACUGACGCCUCCAUAAAGAUAAGUGUCCGCCCUCAAUUGCAUCACCUCCUCAUUUCCUCUUCCCUUGCCGUGCCCCUCGUCAAACAGACUCUCCUUCUGGAAGCUUCUGCAGAGCCCUCCACCAACGCUCUCGUCUACACAUGGGACUUUGGCGACGGCUCUGAAGCUGUCCAAGGCAUCCAGCGUAAAGUCAACCACACGUUUGCAUCUGUAGGGGUUUAUAACGUCUCAGUGUGUGCCAACAACACCCUUGCGGUCCUGACCACUUGGCUCAUGGUGGAAGUUAUGGAGAAAAUCUCUGGAUUAAUGGUCAGCUACAACGGACCCAGUGAACUAAACUCUGCUACAGAUUUCAGAGCUGCGGUGGCCACUGGUACAAGUCUCAUGUGGGUUUUUGACUUUGGUGAUGGGUCCCUGCAGGGAAACCUAACAGAUGGUUUCAUCUCCCACGUCUAUAAAUUGCCGGGAAACUAUACAGUAGAUGUUACUGUCUCAAAUUCUGUCAGCCAAGCUCAUCAGUCUAUCAAUGUAGAGGUCUAUAGGUUGGCUGUUAGUGGAGUUCUUCCUACAGACUGCAUCAUGAGUGGAAGAGACAUUCAGUUUACCGCUCUGCUGAAUGGGAACACAUCCAUUCUGACUUUCCAUUGGCUGUUUGGAGAUGGAUCAUCUCUAACUGUAGUAAAGGGACAGUCUACAUCCAUGCACACAUUCCAAAGCCAAGGGAUUUAUCAUAUUAGUUUAACUGUGUUUAGUUCUGUUACAACCGUAUCGUUUAAUACGAGUAUCUGUGUCAUAGCGCAAAUAACCAACAUGACAGUUCAGUCAUCACAGGAAGUCGUGGCAGUUGGGGAAGAGAUAUGCUUCAGUGUGUUGGUUUCCCCUGUACAGAUGAGAGGUUACCACUUUAAGUGGUUUAACAGCACCUCUAGUCUCAUUGCUGUGACAGAAAAUCCUCAAAAGUGUUAUAUCUUUAACGAUGAAGGUGUUGCAGAGGUGUCAGUAACAGCAAGUAACAAUGUCAGCAACAAAACAGCCAGAGCGAGUAUCACCAUUCAACACCCUGUAAGUACGCUGUCUGUGGCGCAUGAUACUCAAAGUGGCACACUGACAGUCAAUACAUUAGCCUCAUUCUGGGUUGCCACUUGCACUGGCAGCAAUGUGUCAGUGCUGUGGGACUUUGGAGAUGGAUCUUCGGUGGAGCAGAACAAAAAUGUGUCACAUGUCUUUACCUCGACGGGUCAGUUCACAGUCACCGCCACAGCAUUUAAUGCUGUUAGCCGUGAUUCUGUGACCCUUAAAGUAAAUGUUUUACUUGCUAUUUCAGACCUUUCACUUCACACCAACCAGCCAUAUGCUGUAGUGGGAGAAGAAACUCUCAUCUCAGCAAUUAGCAGUGCUAUCAGUAGCACCAACUACUACUGGUCUGUGGAUGGUAUCACCUCAAACAAACAGGGAACGUAUCAGUUUAGAUUUUCUUUCCUGGAACCAGGAGUUUAUCAAGUGAGGGUUAUAGCACAGAACUUGGUGAGUAGAAAGGAGGCAGCUAUUUUAAUAGAGGUCUUUGAAAGAAUAGAGGGUCUUCGGAUUGAAUGUCAGAGCCUGACAAACGUGAAAUACGUACCAACCCAAGAGGAACUGCUGUUUAUUGGGUCAAUCACCAAGGGCUCCAAUGUCACUUAUCACUGGCUAGCUACACAUAGCAGAAUAAACCGACAAGUUACUGGUGAUGGAAAGCUUUUUCAUAUGUCAGCGGAAACUACCGGUGGGAUUUCAGUUCAGCUAAGAGCUUCUAACAAGUUGGGUAAGACCACCAGCAUUGUGUCUUUAGUUGCAGUACAGCUUGUAACAGGUGCACACAUUACAACACAAUCAAACAUUGUGGCAUUAGGGAAAUCUGUGAAUGUCUCUGUAUCGGUGGUUACUGGGUCAGACUUGGAGUACCUUUGGUUUGUAAAAUCUGAUCUUUCACCUCUGCAGACACAUUCACCUUUUCUUCUCCACACUUUUACAAGUGUUGGUCAUUGUCUUGUUAGAGUUUCAGUUCAGAAUGUCCUCAGCCACUGCGAAGUCACAAAAGAGUUUAAUGUUCAGGAGGAGGUCUUAGAGGCGGACUUUGACAUUGAAGGAAAGAGGCCUCCAUUUUAUACCAACACAAGUGCUGCCGUUCAACUCCAUGGGCUUAUUCGGAAGGGUAGUGAUCUGGACUGGAACUGGGAAGUUAGAGAUGUUAUGCUUUUUAAUGCUUCUAAUCAGACCGUUAUUUACACUUUUCCAUGUGCAGGCACCUAUCAGGUGUCUUUGAAUGUCUCCAAUGGGAUAAAUUGGCAGAUGGUUUCACACACUGUUACAGUCGAGGAUGCAAUCGAAGGUCUAAUGCUGAACAUUUCCGAGUCUUCUUUCUGCACAGAGGAACAAGUUACUUUUAUUCCAACACUCUACAAAGGAAGCAACGUAAGCUUUGCUAUAACAUUUAGAAACAAAGACUGGAUUCAUAGUCAGGGUGUUCUUGAAGGGCGGUUCACCACAGCAAGCCUUCCUGCAGGGACGCAUCUAGUUACAGUGAAAGCUUGGAACCAGGUCAGCAGUGCUGAGGUGUCUUCCAGCAUCCUGGUCACUGAGCAUAUUCAAGGUUUGCGACUUGUGAACUGUUGUUCUGAAGCUCUAGAGGCUCUCAAAGGAAUCCAGUUCAGGGCAGAAGUUCAAACUGGACUUCCAGUCAACAUCACCUGGAUAUUUCACUUGGUGGAGUCUGAGGCCACCUGGCUCAUGGGAAAAGAAGUGAUCUUUACUCCACCAAAAAGUGGUUCACUGUCUGUUAGUGUACUCGCCACUAAUGGAAUAUGCUCCAAGACGAUAAAUGACUCUGCCACAGUUCAGUGGCCUGUUAAGAAGGUCAAGCUUGUCUGUCAUUCAGAAAGAAUAUUUGUUGGACAUGCUGUCAGGUUUUCUGCAAAAGUGAAUGGAGGGAGCAAUCCCAGAUACCUCUGGGACUUUGGAAACUCCACUGAAGGAUUGGUGACAGACUUAAGCACAGUCAGUCAUACGUAUUACAUUCCUGGGAAAUACAGUGUUAUGGUCAAAGUUCUCAACAGUGUCAGCGGUGUGUCCACACAGAUACACAUCGAGGUGGAGGAGCCCAAGUGUUCCAGCCCUCAAGCUUCUCUCGUCCAGAGCAAUUCUACCAUCUUCAGGUCUAGAACAAGUUUCUUUGAAGCCAGUGUGGAGAUUAACUGCUCUGCUUACAAAGCCACGUACCUAUGGGAUAUACUCAAACAGUCAGAUUGUACCAAUUUAGAAUUAUCUGGGAAUAAAGUGAUUCUUAAAAGUCAGGUGGAUGCAACUUUACCUUUUCUCUUACUCCCGAAGCAUACUCUCGACAUGGGACAGUAUUGCCUGGUAUUCACCGUUUCUCUCCAGGGAACUCCUCUACUUGUCCAACGAAAGACCAGCAUUACCGUGGUCCACUCAAAGCUGGUAGCUGCCAUCAAGGGAGGAUCACACAGACUGUGGCCCAGCCUCAGUGACCUUGUCCUGGACGGAUCAGAGUCUGAAGACCCGGACAUAGAGCCAGCCGUGAAUGAUACACUGCAGUACAACUGGACCUUCAUGACAUUGGUGACUGUGUCUGAAGGUCCUGUGCUUCCUGUGAUUGUGGACUGUGUGUCCUGCUCUGUGCUGUCCUCCUCUCACCACAUUAGUUACACCACCCCCGUCAUCCUCUCGGGACAAUGUGGACAGUGUGACGACCAGACUCAGUACAAAUGGAGUGCUGAGGACCAGACUGGCAUGACCUUUGACCUUAACGAGAUCUCCACAUCUACAGGGAGACAUUCUCCUAACUUGGUGGUGCGUUCAGGUGUCCUGCAGCCAGGCCAGAGUUAUACUUUAGCUCUCAAUGUAUCCCAACCUGGCAGAGGGCGUUGGGGUAGCGCCAGCCUGACGAUACUACCUAACAAUCCCCCACACGGAGGCCUGUGUGAUCUCAGUCCAGAGUCAGAUAUACGUCUGCUGGAGACAGUGGUCACCUACAACUGCUCAGGGUGGCAAGAUGAUGAAAGCAGGGCCUCUCAGCUGAUCUAUACCUUCCAGGUAGCACCCUGCCAGCCCAUCGGCAUGGUGUGCCCCCUGCUCACUCUGUACAGAGGUACUCGCUCAACAUAUGGCAGUCUGGUUCCAAUGGGAAGUCCUGGGCUAGAAAAAAGCUUGUCAGUUAUCACAGUUACAUUGCUGGUAGAAGACCAUCUGGGGUCAAAGGUCAUGGCUCUGAACAGAAUGUUGACGGUUGAAACUCCUCCAAAGGACGCAGCUGCUAGUCAGUGGCUCAGAAACAAGAGCCAGACAGAGUUGUGGGCUUUAGUCCAACAUGGCAACCCUCAAGAGAUCAUCCCUUAUUCCAUCGCCCUCAGCAGCCAGCUGAAUCAGAUGGACUCUGGACAGACUGACAUCCCGCUCAUGGACAGAAGGGAGAUCCGUGAAAACGUGACCCAGGCCCUGGCCUCUCUCGCCGUGUCCUCCCUGCUGAGUGUUGAUCAGAUCAGCUCAGCGUUGUCCCUCUCUACCGCUGUUCCGAGUGAACUGAUAAGUGAGAAGUGCCAGGAGAAGGUUCUGGAAGCUGUGGGGAAGAUGAUCCAUGUCAUGGAUGAGCAGAUGAGUUCUGGUGUUUUGUCAGCUGUGGAAGCAGGAAGGAACAUCCUGAACAUCAUCGGCAGCACUCUGGCUGCUGUGUGUGAGUCUGUCGGUUCUGACCCGGCGCCCUCCGGCACUCUGCAGGCAGCGUCCACAAUCUCCCUGUCAGCGCUGCGUCACGCAGGGGCCCUAAUGCGCUCCCUGAUGCACUCACGCGUUCAUGGCGAGGCGCCUCUCUCGCUCUCCACCGAUUACAUCAACACAGUGGGUUUCCAUGGAGACCCCUCCCACCUGCUAUGCACUCCACUCCCCUCUCAGUCACCAGCAGCUGACCGAUGUCACUUUCACAUCCCCGCCUCCCUGACUGCUCACCUGAGGAGUCAGAAGUCGGAGGUGGUGCAGGUCCUGUUUGGUUUGGAUGCAGGGUCCAACCCUUUGCUGACCGCAGCCGACCCUCCCAUUUCCACCUCUCUGGUUGCCAUGGAGCUCAGCACGCCGCAGGGCCGGCCCAUACUCAUCGAGGAUCUGGACCCCGAACAGGCCAUACGGGUCACCCUGCCCAACAGGCACCCUGUGGAACGGGAUGAUGGGGGUGCAGGAGGGAGGGCAGCUGGGACAUGUCUUCCUGUGACGCUCCCCACUGAGGGGAGGCUGAACCUCACAGUCAAAGCCGUGGACGGACUGGAUGAAAACGCAGGUUUAUACAUCUCCUUCAACUUCAGCCUGGACCCAGGAGCUACUCCAGUGAGUCUGGGACAUGUCAAGAUAGAAGUGAGCGCUGCAGUGCCAGGGACUAAUGCAUCCCAUGAUUCCCUCGUGAGACGGUGGACUCUCAGUCUCUCUGCUGCGACCGCCUCCACAGAGGAAACCGUCUUUCUGUCUCCACUCUCUGUGUGCCAGUACUUCAGUGUGAAGGAGCGGCGUUGGAGCAGUGAGGGUCUGCAGCCACUGGAGGGCAGCACGCUCCACGCAGCGCGCUGCCUCACGCAGCACCUCACCAUGUUUGGGGCCAGUUUGUUUGUUCAUCCUGGGGCUGUUGUUCUGCUGCCACCGCCGGGCGGCCCCGUGCGCAACAUGGUGGUGGGGAUUGUGUGUGCUGUCCUGGUUCUAAUUCACCUGCUGGUGGGGCUCAUCGCCCAUAAACUGGAUCACUUGGACAGCUGGAGGCUGAGCCAGGUGCCUCUGUGUGGCCGGCCGGGGCUGUACCACUACAGAGCGCUGGUGAAGACCGGCUGCAGGCGAGGAGCAGGCACCACGGCACACGUUGGCAUCAGUCUGUACGGAGUAAACAAGAGCGGCUCUCGCCAUCUGCAGAGGGACGGAGCUUUUCAGCGCGGCAGCCUGGACCAGUUUCACCUGGAGACAGAUGACGACCUGGGAGAAGUUUGGAAGAUUAGAAUCUGGCAUGAUAACACCGGUCUGGACCCGUCCUGGUACGUGCAGCACGUGGUGGUUUGGGACCCUCAGACAGACCACAUGUUCUUCUUCCUGCUGCAGGACUGGCUCUCUGUGGAGAACCUGAAGGACGGCUCUGUGGAGAAGGAAGUUCUCGCCUCCUGUCCAGAGGAGCUUUCUCAGUUUCGCCGAGUCUUCACCUCCCAGCUGAUGUUUGGGAUGGUUGAGCACCACCUGUGGUUGUCACUAUGGGAACGCCCCGCCCACAGCCGUUUCACCAGGGGUCAGAGGGUGACGUGCAGCGCCCUCAUGCUGCACCUCUACCUGGCACUGGGGGCUCUGUGGUACGGGGGGGUCGGCACCAAGGGCCACAGUGGACCGGUGUCCGCCCGGCUGCUGGUUAACAUGGAGGCGGUUGCCGUGGGGAUGACUGUUGCAGUACUGGUGUUUCCUCUCCAGUGUUUCCUCUGUUUCCUGUUCAAAAAGACUCACAGCCAGGUAACUGUAGACAUGUCACUUCCUCCUUCUCCCGUUUGUCACUCUGUGGAGAUGGACGUCUACCUCGGCCAAUCGGAUCUCUCCGGCCCUUCCUUCCUAUCUCUGCCAGACUCCUCUGGCCCAGUGCGGGACAGUCCUUCAUCUUUACUGGACAGCAAGGCGUUUGACUCCAGUAUUCUGGACUUUUGGGCAGCGUCUGGUUUGGCGCCCCAAAAAGACGGAGCAUGUCAAGAGGAGGUCAUCGGGACAUGGCCAUCCUGCGACAGCCUCCUCAAUCUACCGGCAGGCCAGUGCUUCACCAAGACGAGCCCAGCCCCCGUCCCAUGCAAGGCUUCACCUGCUCCGGGCUCGAUGCGCCAGCUGAGGAGAAAAAAGGCCCUGAUGCAGCUGCGCCUGGCUUCACCUUCUGCUCCCCGUUGCAUAUAUUCCAUUUCAAAAGACUUUCCCAGUUCUCACCAAUCCCCUGCUGCACUAGAUACAAAGGUCUCCAUCAUCAAAACCAACCUAGUGCAAGUUCAUAACCACAAUCUGAGGACACUUCUGACUCUGUCUGAGGAGGAUCUGCUGAUGUCUAUAGCAGCAGCAGCAGACGACACAGAUGCAAUUAACAGCAACUCAGACAGCGGGUGGGACUCCCCGAGGACCAUCACCUCCCUCUCAACCACCCGCAGCACGUCCUGCAGCAGCUGGUCGGAUCAGAGUGAGGAGAAGUUUCUGUUCGGUGCAGAGAUCCACAAGCCAGGUCCACAGUGUCCCACCCUGCACGGUGCAGGACUCUACAAAUGUCCCUCCGUGCUCUCUGUAGACUCGGUGGCCAGCACCUUCCUGCCGAGCCCGUCUCCCGACUCCACGCGCUCCUCCUCCACCACACGCAUAGGCGUGGCUCGAGGUCAGCCCAGCUGGCUGCUCCCCCCCUGGGCACUGUGUGUGAUCUACCCCUUGGUGGCCGCGCUGCUCGGAGCGUGCCUGGCUGUGGUCGGACUCUACGGCAGCUUCUUGUCCAGAUCGGCGGUCCUCAUGUGUCUGGUAUCUGCUCUCUCUGCCUUCCUCGCCUCUGCUCUGCUGCUGGAACCUCUCAAGGUGUGUGUGCAGGCCUUUGUCUACACAGCCCUGUGGAGGCCUGUGGAUCCAGAGGUGGAGGACCAGCUGGCUCAGCAGAGCACCGUGGUGAGGGCAUUCGGAGAGCACGGUGGGAAGGUACGGCCACCAUGUGGCUACGGGCUGCUCCAGGCUAAAGAGGAGGCGCGCAAAGUCCGAGCUCUGCGAUCACUCAUGAGGCACUGCGUGUGCCAGCUGUUGUUUCUGUUGCUGGUGCUGAUGGUGAACUACCAGGACGGCGUAGAGCAGAGGCCGGGCAGGCUGCUGCACUCCGCUGUCAGACGGCAUCUGCACACUGCACCCCGGGGGGUCCCCAACCUCACCUCCCUCCGAGACUGGGCAGACGCAGAGCGGUGGCUCAACCAUACCUUGGUGCCACACCUGCACCAAAACCCGACUCUGCGCCUGGUCGGAUCAGCGCGGCUGCAGCACACACACACUCUCGGUCCUCUGGCGAGUGUCUUUCUGGGAAACAGCAGCGUAACGACACACCAGCUCAUAGCUGACUUGCACAUGGCAGACUGGAGCAAGAAUCACUUUAAAACUCUCGUUGUGGACUUCACACACUACCACAGAGAGUCUGGUCUGUUUGUGUGUGUGUCCAUCCAACUAGAGUGUGCUCAGACACAGAGAGUCGCCUCGUUUCUCUCCAUCCAUGCACUCCUCCUCCCUUCACCCGUCUCCGGACUGGACCUGCAGGUGGCUCUUACGGUGCUUCUUCUCAUCUCUGCUCUCCUCAUCUUGUUGGGGGAGCUGUGGUGUGUGGCUACUGAGCGUGCUCAGUAUCUGCGUAGAAACUGCUUCCAGAUUCUUCUGGCCUUGUUGUCCUUGGCAACGGCUAUCCUGCAGCUCUGCUUCCUGUCCCAGGCCAUUUGCUGUGUUUCCAAGAUUAUACUGAUGAUCAUUUUGGGGGUGACAGCUGCUGGGAACCUUGAGGUUUGUGCGGAGGUGGGUGGCGUUGGGCAGAGUGCUGCAGAGAGCCCGGAGCGAGCUGUGGGCUCUGACCGUCCUGCUGCUGUUGCUGCUGCUGCUCUGCACUCACCUCGGAAACACGUGGAAGGUUUCCUGUCAGUACAGCAGAGCAGUGUGUCGGUGCUGUCCAUGCUGCGUGGCCGGAUGGCUCUGCAAAGACUCUGCAGGGUCCACCCGGUCCUGGGCCCCCUCUAUGGGCUGCUGCUGGUGGGGGGAGGUGUUUGCCUCCUGGCCAGACUCUGUGGAGCUGUUCUCAUCCUUGCAUACAGGGCCGAGCAGGCUGAGCUGUACCGUCCAACCAUUGAACCCCAGGACUAUGAGAUGGUGGAGUUCUUCAUCAAGAGACUCAAACUGUGGAUGGGACUCUCCAAAGCUAAAGAGUUCAGGCACAGGGUAAAGUUUGAAGGUAUGGAGAUCCCUCCUUCCAGGUCCUCACAGGAGUCCUGUCUCUCCACCCUGUCUUCCACCCUCCCGUCUUCCCGCUCUCCUUCCCUGUCCUCCUCAUUUCCAUCCCCCCGUCCCCUGUCCUCCGCUCUCUCUAUGAGGUCUGAGGACUCGUCGGUGUCUGAGGCUGGGUUUGACGUCCAGCCCUACCUGGACCGCCUGCAGCCCUGCGUCAGUGCACUGCUGUGUCGUUUUGAUCAGGUCAAUCAGAUAACUGAGGAUGUUCACAACCUGGAAAUGGAAUUAGAAGAAGCUCAGAGAAGGAGGAGGGAUAAGUGGAUCAGUAACGAGGAUCAAGGUGCAGAAGAGUCGGCGAAGGCAAAGGAACUGACGGGAGAAGGAAAGGAAACCGUGAGAGAAGUGAGACACAGGAAGACCGGUCUUCUUCACCCCAAACCACGAGUCUCCCUCCCAUCCUCGUUCUCUUUCACUCCCUCCACACUUCGCUCCUCCGCUGCAUCGCUCUGCAGAAUUCCCCGUACACGUAGAUCCUACUCUGAGUCUCAAUCGGUACCAUUCCAGCCUCACGCAUCAAGCAACAACCGUACUUCUGAAGCAGCCAAGCUUGCAUCUGGAAUCUGUGCUUUGAGUCCUGAAGGUUCUCCUGGAUAUGGCAGGUUCCCCAGGAGAAGAGCUUGGCAUUCUGGGACCUCUCAUUCAGCUGAUGCAGCUCAGAGGGCUUUCCACAGCCAAGGUGGAGUUGCUCCAUGCGGCAAUGGAGGAGAAUAUUUAGCAUUCACUAACACCAGACCCAGGAGUGAAGAAGGGGCAAGACAGCAAAUAAAUGAAGGAGUCCCCAAGAAGAGGAAGGCUUGGACUGAACAAGACUGACCUUGUGUUCACUGAUGAACUGAUGGAUGUGGAUCUGAAUGGAUCCCUGUGCAGCUACAGAGAGCUGGACUGUAUUUGUUGCUUCUUUGGCGCAACAUUAUGCAACACUGGUUUGAUGGAUUCAUAUAGUUUGCUAACAGGUGCUCUUCAGGAAACAUUUAAUCUAUGAUGCACGUUCUCCUCCCAUAAUAACAGAUGUUUGUAUCAGAGGUACUGACAUUUAUCAAUUUAUCAAUACUACAAGUCAGGAUAUCUUGGACUAUGCUGCUUUGAUUUUGACCAUCCUGGCCCACAACUUCAAGGAACUGCAACUCUAAAUCACUACCUUUUAACAUAUUGACAAAACUGAUCUUCAUUCGCUACUAAUGAGGUUUUUGUAAAAUCUUCCAAUGAACAACAACCUGGAGGCUUUGAGCAGGAAUAAUAAAAUGUCCAAUUUUGAAUGUGUCACUAACUAUUGCACAGAGAAAAUGAGAUUCUAGCAUACUGCAUACAUAAGACAUUUAUAAUAAAUAAAUCCAUUAAACUAACUUCUCCUUCUGGCCUUAUUUAGAUUAUGAGUUCUGGGACUUUCCUUUGCUACAAACUAAUGAACUCCACAGCGUGCACCUGCACGGUAAAUAAUGGAUGUGCAAUUCAUUGUUCAAACCGCAGUUACUAUUCAAGACUAAAAGCCUGUUGAUCAAACACACGAGGGCAGUUGGGAGUAAACCAGGUUCUUAUUCUGUGAGUGAAUAAGAGAGAAAAGAGGAGGAAGGAUGUAAUAUUUGUACAAAUCAAACAGUUAUAUACUUUUGUAAGAGGAUAUUUCACUCUGCGAAUAAAGACAUCAU